CUCAGAGGGAUGGACAGAGGAGAGAGCACAAAUCCCACAGGCAAGAGAGAGGAGAGGAGCAGCAUGCUGAGAGGGUUCAGAGGAGAGAGGAGCAGAAUGUUGACAGGGCACAUCAGACAGAGAGGCAGACUGCAGAGAGGAGUCAGAAGAGAGGGGCACCAGGUGGAUCAGAUGCACCCCCUCAGCCUGCUUAGGACUGCCUUAUGUCAGGCGUGGAGCAAGAGCUGCCUCAUGAGCCACAAGGACAAGAGCAGAGUAAGGAUCAGGCUGCAAUGGAGAAGGAACAUGACAGAAAGGAGAUAGCUGCAAGGGAGAAGGAGAUCAAAAUUCAACUUAGGUUGAAAAACCUUGCAGAAAUGCAUGAAAAGAUCAAGCAAGGAGAGCAUCCUGUGGAAUUGAGGAACGGAAAGGGGAAGAGAGUCUGCAUUCAAGAGGAGGAUCCUCCCCUGCUUUCGAAGGCUUGGGAGACCUUUGACAAGUUGUUGGAGGUUGCAGGGGGACCUAGAGAGCAUCACCAGGAGAUGGGGGUUAAGUUGGUCUCCACAGACUUGCUUAGCCUGAAGGGCCUUAUGAAGGAGGGCUUUGUGGCAGCCAAGGCCUCAGAUGAGAAGGUUGGGGAAAGACUGACGAAGGUGGCACAGAGGAUGGACUGGGAGAGAGAGGUAGACACCCUGAAGAAGGAGCUGGAAAAGCCAAGCCAGGAAACAGAAGCAAUAAAGGCAGAAAUGACUGAGCUUUGGGCAGGCAACGAGGCCAUCAGACAGGUCAACCAGACCCUCAACAAGGUCAAUGACGUUCUGAGGGCCUACUUGCAGGUGCAACAGACUUCUUUUCAGGCGAAAGAAGCAGAGUGGGAGAAGAGGAUUAAGGACCUGGAGGCCAGGUGUGCACAGCAGGCUCCCACUGCAGUGGUGGACUGGACAGAGGUUCAGGCGUUUGAGAUAAGGGGACAGCCCGCAGAAGAAGCCUUCAAGUGCCAGAAGGAAGAAGAGGGGGCAGGUCAGCAGAAGGGUGAGGAGAUCCCCUUGCUAGACAAGGAGAUGUUGCAGCCUGAGGAGAUACCCACAAGAAAGGAGGCAGAGGGCAAUGAAUUUGAAUGGCAAAUGCCCUCUAUCUUGGCACUUGAGCAGGUGCACGCAGCAAGUAGAGGCCACUGGAGAUGAAGGCGCUCCGCCUAUCACUCAGGGAGAAGUUACAAGGGUGGAGGAAGCUCAGGAGA